AUGCCACCACAUAUAUCAGUUGUAAUAACGCACUUGAUAACAAGAAAAUUGCGUAAGAGGGUGAUCAGGUGGUGGUUGAAGAGAGGAGUGGCGAAUCAGAAACUCAACAACACACAGAGAAAGAAGCGGUUGAAUUAUAUUUCUCCAGCGAUUCGUUUCAGGCGAAAGUGCAGAAUCGAAGCGACGUCGUUUGUUGGUUCGCUCGUUUGGGCGAUGAAAGUAGCUCGAUAA